UGUCAAAGCCCAAAGCGGACAUCACUCGCAUAAUGAAGAAUAUCGAAGAAAACCACUAUAAAAUGCAUAUAAAAAUACUGUAUUUUUUGAUACUGCUGCUGUUUCUCCUUGUCCUCGUACAACCGUUUAUAUUCAUCUAUUUACUUCAAAACUCGAAUAUUCGAUUGGCUUCACCCGUUACCGAAGAGGGCAAUAUGAAGUCUGGGAAAACUAAUGAGGAGGAUGCCAUCAUCAAUGUCAACGCUAUUGGUCACCGAGCGAAGAAAAGAGAAGUCUCGUAUGAAACCGAAAAAGAUUGCCAAGGGAAUUGUUCUCUGACACCAAAUUCAUCUGAAAUAAACGACGAUACAAUAAAUAUAAAGGGAGAUUGGAAUGUAAAGAAAGCUGAUCUCUUGGAAUACUGUUUCACUGCCGAUGACUUUUGUCAAAGAAACAGGGAAAAAUCAAAAGACGAACAGAAAGACCAUUUUGGAAGAGAAAAGCAACAACAAAAUAACAGUAAGAUAUUUUUUUGACUCUUUUCAUAUUAUAUUCAGAAUUAAUAUUAACGUUGUACAAUUUCAUAAUUGUUUCUUUAAUCAAAUUUUGAAUUUAUUGUACUUUUGAUAAGACACGGGUUGUUUUGCUAUGACAAUAAUUUCUUGGGUUAAGAAUAAUAGAGUUUGUGUUAAGAUUUUCAUUCUGCGCAGUAAAAGUAGUUGUUCAUCUAUUGGAAAAAGUAAA